AAAUUGAGUUAUACCCAAGACAGUUCCAUUGAUCAGAACACAUACGUACGUACACACACAAUAAAUAUUUAAAAGAGCAUUAAAUAUGAAAUGCCUUUCCGUGAAAGAAAUUGCCUCCGUUCUCCAGAUUGUGACUGCGAUUCUCUGCUUGCCUGCUAUACUUCUGUUCUCGAUGGUCAUAGCCUUUCCGGAUGAUAUGAAAUUGUUCAUGUAUCAGUGUUCGCUUUCUACAACAAUGGUACUCUGCCUGAUCUUCGGUUUCAGCACGUGGUUUUACAAUUCCAACUAUCCAAAAACACGUUUCCAUGUACGCAUUCUGAUUGUCGUAAUACUAUGGAUUUUAUUUAUUUUGGGGGUUAUAACCGCAGUCUUAUUUGAUCUGCAAUUCUGUCAAGAACUGAUAUACGGCGCAUUCGAUGCAGAUAUUUUCGAUACUAGUGAUUAUAUUAUAUUAUAUAUCGGCAUGGGUUUAGGCGCCCUAGCCCAUCUCGUACUAUUGACUGUUAGUAUUAUAUUGACUAUAGGUGUCUUUCGAAAAAGACGUAGCUCAAACAAACUGUGAAUCUACUUUGUUGUUAUGGCUACGGCAUAAAUUACAUAUUCCCGAAAAGUUUUGAAAUUUUCUUAAACGCAGUCAACAGAGAACGUUAAUUUUUAGAAAACUCAUCUAGUCACCCCACGAAGACUAAUCACCACAGACCAAGACGAAUCUAUUAAAGCUGGUAUCGGUAAAUCAGCUGAUUUGUUUUUUGUUUUUCGCCGAGUCUAUGUGGCUGUCAGCUCAGAAUGAAAGAAGGCAAAUUCAUUCCUUGUUUUCUACUUUUCGUUGACAAUCAAACGUACAAAAUAUUGUUGUUGGCCUAGUGCCACCACCUUAGAUGAAUGCGCCUUGCCACAGACAUAUUUUUCACGAAAAGUUAAUAGCAAGAGACUGAAUUAUGUAAAUUUAGCAGCAGUCAAGUAGAAUUCAUUUGUGAUUAGAAAGAAUCUUGACGCUGUAGGCUAGCCUUUUAAUAUAACCAUGCACUUUUUCUACAUAUUUACGUUUCAUUUCAUUUAAAAAUCUCUCUUUUUGAAUUAUUUCACAUUUCGUUACUCAUUCAAUUAUAUAAUAUAUAAAAAUAUCAUUAAAAAACAAAUUCAAUA